AACUUCACGCAGUUUUGAGGCCUGCUGUGUUUUCAACGGAGGGAGAGUCGAGAAGAAAAAUGGCGUCUGCAGGCGACUCAGAGCGGGACACCGGCCAUUCAGUUUGAGCUUUCCAUCUUUAAACUGAGACCGGGACUCUGUGGGGACCUAUUGGGAACCUUCGCCGGACCCGUUGUUUUCUUCCUCCCCGUUUUCUCUGGUGUGUGCUGCUGAUUCGAGCACCGAGAUUGAAGCGGAACAUAGGAGCUUCUUUCCUACAAUGAGGGGGAGAAGAGGAAGGCCGCCCAAACAAGCAGCCGUGAUGCGGGAAAGCUCACCCGGGCCAGUCCGGGGAUCCCGGGGUGGCAGGACCAGAGGGAUGCGUGGACGGGGAAGAGGCAGAGGACGGGGCCGGGGGCGGGGAGGAAGUGGCGGUGUUUGCAGCAUCGGAUCCGUGGAGGUGGAUACUGAUAUCUCUGGCCGAGAGAACUUUCAUUCGUCGCGGGGCCGAAGGAAAGUUGGAGCCUCCAUCACGGCGGCUUCAGCGGCAUCGCGGGGCAGAGGCAGAGGCAGGGGGUCCAGAGGUGGCCGAGGCAGUAGAGGCGGAGUGAGGCGACCUCAAACUAAGGUGGUCUACGACGACAACAGCGACGAGGAGGAUGAUAAUUUAAGCUACCGGUCUGACGAAGACGAAUUGAACGACAAUCCGUCGUCGGAUCUUGAAGAUGAGGAGGCCUUGGGAAACGGCUCUGACUAUCUGGAGGACCUACCAGAUGAUGAGGAUGCCAGCUACUGUACUGAGAGUAGUUUCAGAAGCCACAGCACGCUUGGAAGCACCCCAGGCCCGAAAAGGAGUCGUGCUCUGCGACCACGCUCUCCCCUUCUAGAGGCAAAGGACAUUCCUCCCUUAGAGCUUCCCAAGUCCUCUGAGGACCUCCUGGUUCCUACCUCACAGCUUCUCAAUGUGUCUGCUGUCUAUGAGGUCCUACGCAACUUUGGCACUGUGUUGCGUCUCUCCCAGUUCCGUUUUGAGGAUUUCUGUGCAGCCCUGGCCAGCCAAGAGCAGUGUACAUUGCUGGCAGAGACCCACAUCUCAUUGCUCAAAGCUAUUCUCAGAGAGGAGGACACAUCCAACACCACGUUUGGUCCCGCUGACGUGAAGGACUCCGUUAACUCCACUCUGUAUUUUGUGGACUGUAUGACCUGGCCAGAAGUGGUCCGGGCGUACUGUGAGAGUGACUUAGAAUACCGCCACAUUUUGCCCUUCCUGGAGAAUGAGGAUUACCCAUAUGAGACAUUGGAAAGCAAAAUUAAAGUUCUCCAGUUUUUGGUGGACCAUUUCCUGGCGACUAACAUCGCCCGUGAGGAGCUUAUGUCGGAAGGGGUGGUCGCCUACGAUGACCACUGCAGGGUGUGCCAUCGACUUGGUGAUCUGCUCUGCUGCGAGACAUGUUCGGCUGUUUAUCAUUUGGAGUGUGUGAAGCCGCCUUUGCAGGAAGUGCCAGAGGACGAGUGGCAGUGUGAGGUUUGUGUGGCACAUAAGGUACCAGGUGUUGCAGACUGCAUUCCUGAAUUGCAGAAGACCAAGCCCUUUCUCCGUCAGCUACCAAUUGGCUUUGACCGACAGCAUCGUAAAUACUGGUUCUUGAAUCGCCGGAUUGUUGUUGAGGAGGACGGUGAGCAAGAAGACAAAGCCAUCUGGUACUACAGCACUAAGGUCCAACUGGCUGAGCUGAUAGAUCGCUUGGAUAAAGAAUACUGGGAGGCCGAUCUGUAUGCAGCCCUUGAGGAGAUACGGGAUGAGGUGCACACUCAUAUGGAUAUCACCGAAGACCUAACCAACAAGUCUCGUGGCAACAACAAGUGUUUUCUCACUGCUGCAAAUGAUGAAAUCUUAGAGCAAUUGCGAGCCAAGAAGGAGGAAGAACUGGAGGAGGUGAAGAGACGGGCUGCCGAGGAGGCCCAGAGGGCACGGCUAGAGAAGCAGAAGAAGGAGGAGCAAGAUCUGGAGAAGGGAGAUGAAGAGGCCAAGCUGAAGGAUGAGGAACAGGAGGAUGGCAAGCCCAAAGAUCGAACAACGGAAGACGAAUCGACAAAGGAGGAGGUUAUACAGGAAAACCAUGAUGGAGAAAAGAGCAAAGCUCCAUCCUCUAUCCAAGAAGGCAGUAAUGUCGAGGACAUACCAUCAGUCCCAUCAGCUGCUUCUCCGUCACAAUCCCUUGCUCUGACCUCUGGCCUGGCCGUUACUGCUCCAAAGCUUCUGACUUCCACCGUGGAGGUUCGGAUAGAGCGAUGCGUCUAUGAGCCAGCGUCAAACAAAACAGAAGGAAACCCAGCAUCUGACUCUAUCCCUGUCAGUGGAGACGGUGUCCCCAGCCUAAGUCAGCCCUCUCAUCCCUGUGAAGAGAACAGUAACAGCAGUGUAGGAAUUGGUGUCCCUGCCAGGGGUCCUGAACCCCCAGACUUAGCUGAUAGAUCGUCCCAGUCAUCCCUCACAAGCCUUGAUGACGCAGGGGACAGUAAAGACUCGACCAACAGCGAGAUGGCAGUCAGUGGCAAUAAACGAUCUUCAGCAACACGCAUGGUGACGAGACUUAGGAACCCAGAGAGCAAGCUGAGCCAACUAAAAAACCAACAGGUUGCAGCUGCUGUUCAUGAAGCAAACAGGGGCUUCAAGGAGGGCAAAGAGGUAUUGGUAGUAAAUGCACAAGGUGACGUCACCCGUGUCAGCACACGGAGCAGCAAGGAGGUGGUGAUGAAGGGAACCCUCAGCCAGUUCUUCAAGCUGGGACAGGAGGGAAAGUACCGCGUCUAUCACAACCAGUACAGCGCCAACGCUUUGGCCCUCAAUAAGCACCAGCACAGAGAGGACCAUGACAAGAGGAGGCAUCUCUCCCAUAAGUUUUGUAUGACGCCAGCAGGAGAGUUCAAGUGGAAUGGGUCCAUUCAUGGUUCUAAGGUUCUGACUAUCUCCACAUUAAGACUCACCAUCAUCCAGCUUGAGAACAAUGUUCCUUCUCCUUUCAUGCAUCCAAACUGGGCCUCACACAGGACCAACUGGAUCAAAGCAGUUCAGAUGUGCAGUAAGGCCAGAGAGUUUGCCCUGGCCAUGGCCAUUCUGGAGUGUGCCAUCAAACCUGUGGCAAUGCUGCCUGUAUGGAAAGACUCACUGGGUCAUACCAGGUUAAACCGCAUGACGUCCAUGGAGCGUGAAGAGAAAGAAAAGGUGAAGAAAAGAGAAAAGAAGCUGGAAGAUGAGGAGACAAUGCAACAAGCAACCUGGGUCAAGUACACCUUUCCAAUCAAGCACCAGGUGUGGAAGCAGAAGGGAGAGGAGUAUCGUGUUACAGGCUACGGGGGUUGGAGUUUCAUCAGUAAGACUUAUGUGCCUCGGUUUUUCCCAAAGCUUCCUGGAAACACCAACGCCAACUAUCGCAAAGAACUGGAAGACGCUAAACUUGGCAAGAGAUGUAACCUGUUGGACUUGAGCCGCCGGCCCAGUUUAGUUGUACCAGAAGCUCAGGACGGUCCUGCCUUAAGCAGUGAAACAAAGGAUCGAGACUCCAAAGACCUCACCAGAAAACCUGCUGAAGAUGUGGAAUCUACUGAGAGGAUGGAGGGAAACAAGAAUGAAGAACAAGAUGAAAAAGAAGAAAAGAAGCCAGCAGAUUCGCCUGUAAAGAUGGAAGUGGAUCCUACAGGCUCCUCGUCAAAGGAACAAAAGUACAGUAAGGAGGACAAGGCUGCCCUAAAAGAGGAGCCUUUAGACAUUCCUCAGCGACCCUUCAACUACGAUGUUGUAGACGUCAGCAAGGGCUUCCUCACCCGUGUUGCUUACAAGAAGAAGGUGAAGACCUCCAAGCUGGACAGCCUAUUGGAGCGCAGAGUGAAGCAGCACAUGAUUGAAGAAAAGCGAAGACAGCAGGUUUCUGCACCCAGAUCACUGGCACCGGCGCCAGUUUCUUCCUCUUCAAUCCCUGCUCCAAGCACUCCGGUUCGGCCUCGGUCUCCACUUAAGCCACAUAUUCUUGCACAGACACAACUUGUAAACAAGGAAGCUGUGAAAGUGGAAGAUGAACUUUCCAUGGCACAAACGUUAGGGGCAACAAAAACUGGAGGACUACAGGAAGGAGAGGGUCUGACUGAACUCUUUAACCCUUUUUCUUCCCCUGUUUCAGACUGCACACCCAAAAACAGUUGCAAUACAGGUAUAGGUGAAGAUUCACCACUAAGGAAAACUGCCUUCAUGCCCACGGACUUAAAGGAAAACUUGGAGGAAAGGACUACAGGACAUAAAGAAAAUAGCACUGAAGGUUCUGGACAAGAAGCUGUUACACUGCCAGAUGAGCAAGAGGAAAAAGCUAUGGGGGCUAAUAACUCUUUAGGACAACAAACAGUCUGUGCUGCAUCAGAUGUAAUCAAGACUGAACAUUCUUUGAAUGCAGAGUCUGACUCUGUGACAACACUUGCAAGUGUUCUUGACCAAAAUAAUAGUGAAAACGGAUCUCAUCCUGAAAACUCAGACACUCUCAGUUCUGGACACUCAGAGGAAAAUGGCUUUGGGCCAGAGGAGAACCAAGGAAAUUUGCAGGGCUUUGGACACAAUGGGAGGAUAGGUGACCUCACCUCCAAGCCAGUUUCACCUGUGCCUCAGGUAAACGGAAAUGACGGCUUGGUCAGUGAAAGCUUAUUGAGUAACUCUGUAAUCAGCUUGAACAAUGGUGUGCUCACAGACAGGUCCCAGUCCAAGCUGAACAGCAUCGGAAAAGCUGAGGAACAACGGCUGGUUGUCUCGUUGAAAGAUGGCGCACAGCAGAAGCCUUUAGUGAACGGAGACUUGGACUCAGUAAACGCGACCGUUGUUUUAAAAGGAAAGGGGGCAUAUUCGUAUUCUGAAGCAGAGGGAAAGAUAUCAACACUGGACCAGGAUUGCAGCCCUCCACUGAAGAUGACAAAGCUUGAAAACAGUACAAACAAAUUUGGAGUUGACAAUAGGAGCAAUCUGCAGAACAACAGCACCUUGGCUUUUUAUCCGGAGGAGACCAAAUACACUCCUGCGGUGAAGAUCAUCAGAAUGGCUCCGUCUCCCAUUCCCUCGGCGGAGUCCAGUCUCAGCGACGGCUUUGCAGAGGAGAACAGUAACAGCGGGUCAGCGGAACCAUUCAAGACCAUCAUCACUCAGGUAACCACAGCCUCCACCACCACCACAGUAGUCUCCACGGAAACGAGGACAGACAAAGUGUCAGUGAAAACACCGGGUGUACCUACGGUCUCCAUGGUAAUGACACAGAGCAGUGCAGUCUCGACCCUUUCCAGCAUGACCAAAACAACAGUGACCAAAGUGUGUUGCUCCGGGCUGGAUGGUCUGUCAGACGACAGCCAGAGCGAAACGUUGGUGGAGGAGCAGAGGACGACGCACUCGAUCUGCACCUGUGAGUCAGCUGCAGGUGCCGGUGGUAAAACUAUGGUGUCGUCCAUCUCUCUGAGCCAGGAGGACAGUUUGUCGACCAAAGGACGCGUGUGCCUUCUGAAAUUCUCGCGCACAAAGAAAACGCGCUCCGACACAGCUCUUCCUUCUUACCGCAAGUUCAUCACCAAGAGCAGUCGGAGGAGCAUUUUUGUUCUCCCACAUGACGACCUGAAGGUGCUGGCGCGCCGCGGAGGAUUCCGCGAGGUGCCGGUGUUCAGUUACAACGCCAAACCAGCCCAGGAUAUCUGGCCGUAUCCUUCACCCAGACCCACAUUUGGCAUCACUUGGAGGUACCGGCUGCAGACAGUGAAGUCUCUGGCUGGAGUGAGCCUCAUGCUGAGGCUCCUGUGGGCCUGUUUGAGGUGGGACGACAUGGCAGUGAAACCAUCCGCCGCUGUAGGCACCACACGUACAGCCCUAUCCCCACUCAUUGCAACAGAGACAUCAGACACUGAAAUCACCACCACCGAGAUCAUAAAGCGGCGUGACGUGGGACCCUACGGCAUUCGGUCAGAGUAUUGCAUCCGCAAAAUCAUUUGCCCCCUCGGAGUGCCUGAAACGCCUAAAGAAACGCACACUCCUCAGAGGAAAGGUCUGCGCUCCAGUGCUUUGCGUCCCAAGAAGCCCGAGCCCACAAAACAGACCGGUCCAGUGGUGAUUGAGACAUGGGUACCCGAGGAGGAACUGGACCUCUGGGAGAUUAGAGCCUUCUCAGAAAGGGUGGAGAAAGAAAAGGCCCAGGCAGCAGAGCAAGCCAAAAAACGCCUCGAACAGAAGUCCGGGUCAGUCACAGCCACACCAGCUGGGACUCCUGCAACACCUGCUGCCACGCCCAAAGUCAUCGUUGGCUCCAUUUCAGGCCAGGGCACCCCCACUGCCAAAGUGGUGCUGUCCACCAAGAUGGGCAGCCCUGUUACAUUUCAGCCGAACAAAAACUUCCAGCAGUCCUUUGCCACCUGGGUCAAGCAGGGUCAAAGCACCCAAGGCUCAGGCAGUGAGACCCCCACAGUCACUUCUAGUGGGCAUACGUUACACAUUACAGGAACCUCAGCCAGUGGAAAGGUUGUGACCGCAAAGCUGCCGCUCCCCGCAAACAGCAAGAUCGUAACGGUCAACGUGCCAACAACACAAGGAGGUGUGGUUCAGCAGAAAGUGUUGGGUAUCAUCCCAUCCAGUACAGCAGGUGGUGCUCAAACCUACACCACAUUCCAGCCCCACACUACCACACUCAACAUCAAGCCCAGUACCCCAGGUGCCCACCAGCAGGUUCUAGGUGUUGGUGGGCAGAUCCGUCCAGGAAUGACAAUGAUCCGAACCCCAAUCCAGCAGACCGGAGCUGUUGGGAAGACGAUUCUCCGCACGCCCCUUGUGGUCCAGCAAGGUCAGGGUGGACAACAGGUAAUGACACAGAUCAUCCGUGGCCAGCCAGUUUCCACAGGAAUAUCGGCUGCCAGCCCUGUCACCACGGUAACUGGACAGGGAGUGGCCAGUCCCAACGCUGCGGGACAGGCAGCUGUCCAAACACCACCCUGCACCCCGCGGGGACAGGGCCAGAGCCAGGUUAAGCUCACCAUGGCCCAGCUCACACAGCUCACACAGAAGCAGCUGCCUGGGUCCAGUUUGGACCGACCAGCCGGUGUUGGUGGUUCUCAGGCUCUGACUGUGAUGGUUCAGGGCCAGGGUCAGACCACCGGCCAGCUGCAGGUCAUACCCCACGGGGUCACCGUCAUUCCAGGACCCGGCCAGCAACUCAUGCAAGCAGCACUGCCAAAUGGCCAGGUGCAGCGCUUCCUCUUCACCCCCAUACCCUCCGCUGCCACGCCCACAUCAAGCACAGCCUCACCAGCUCCCAGCCAGCCCAACUCCACCUCAAGCAAAACCGCAACCCAGGCUGCACAACAGGCCGCCGCUCCGAUCCAAGCAGGGGUAUCCCCUCUCUCCACCACCAGCAGCCCUUCAUCCACCACCCCACAGGGCCAGUUACCCCCUCAGACCCAGGCCCACAUGCCUGUCCAGUCUCCAACUUCAAUGCAGGUCAAAGGUCAGGGGGGAACCCCACAGCUCCAGCUGCAGCAGACGCCCCAGCUCAUCAGUGUGUCUGGACUCCAACAGCAGGUACAGGUUCUGGCACAGCUACAGGCCCAGCAAGGUGGAGGCUCUCUGCCUCAACACAUUAAACUGCAGCUUCCCAUCCAGAUACAACAGAGCGGGACCACCUCAGCUCAGGGAGGACAGAUUGGAAACGUAGUUACCAUCCAGACCGCUUCGGUCCAAGAGCAACUGCAGAGAAUCCAGCAGCUCAGAGAGCAGCAGCAGCAGAAGAAGAGACAAGCUGCAGAGACCAAAAGAGAGCUCGCCCUCAAUGCAGCCAAUCAGAGCGACAUUAUACAGAAGCAGGUGGUUAUGAAACAAAACGCUGUAAUUGAGCACCUAAAGCAGAAGAAGACCAUGACGCCUGCAGAAAGAGAAGAAAAUCAGAGGAUGAUUGUAUGCAACCAGGUAAUGAAGUUCAUCCUAGACCGGAUAGACAAAGAUGAGAGGCAGGCAGCUAAGAGGAAAAAAAAGGAAGAGGUCGUUGAGGCCAAGAGGAGAAUGGCUAAUGCGAGUAAGCUUUCCGCGCUCCUUUACCGACACAAAGAGAGCCUUAAGAUGGAGAUCCUGAAAAAACGAGCACUUCUCGACAAGGAGCUGCAGCUAGAGGCUCAGGAGGAGCUGAAGAGGGACCUGCUGCGAAUUCGGAGAGAGAAGGAAAGGGCUCAGGCUGCAGCCCACCAGGCAGCCCAGGCUGCUGCAGCUGCAGUCGCUGCAGCCCACAGUCAGAAACAGCAUGCUGUAGUACACAAACAUGGCAUCUCCUCCCAGCACCACCUCACCACAGCCGUCACCUCAGUGCACAAGAGGAAACGUGAGGAAGAGAGGGAGAUGACGACAGCAAAGUCCAAGAAGAAGAAAAUGAUCUCUACUAUAAGCAUGAAGGAGAGCAAGAAGGAUACAAACCUCUACUGCAUCUGCAAGACGCCCUACGACGAGACUAAGUUUUAUAUUGGAUGUGACCUUUGUACCAACUGGUAUCACGGUGAUUGUGUGGGUAUCACGGAAAAGGAGGCCAAAAAGAUGGACGACUACAUCUGUGUGGAGUGUAAACGGGGCCAAGAGAGCAACACAGAGGAGGUGUACUGCAUCUGUCAGACGCCUUAUGAUGAGUCCCAGUUUUACAUUGGCUGCGAUCGAUGUCAGAACUGGUACCACGGUCGCUGUGUGGGCAUCCUACAGAGCGAGGCUAACCACAUCGAUGAGUACAUGUGUCCACAGUGUCAGUCCACAGAGGACGCCAUGACGGUCUUCACUCCUCUCACCGACAAGGACUAUGAAGGCCUGCGAAGGAUCCUGCGUUCGUUACAGGCACAUAAAAUGGCCUGGCCCUUCCUGGAACCAGUGGAUACUAAUGACGCCCCUGACUAUUACAAGGUCAUCAAGGAACCAAUGGACCUGUCCACCAUGGAGGAGAGGUUACACAAACGAGAGUACGUCAAGCUGACUGAAUUCGUAGCGGACAUGACCAAAAUCUUCGACAACUGCCGAUACUACAACCCCAGUGACUCACCCUUUUACCAGUCUGCCGAGGUUCUGGAGAACUUCUUUGUCCAGAAGCUUAAAGGCUUCAAAGCCAGCAGGUCGCAUAACAACAAGCUACAGUCAGCUGCAUCUUAGCUUCUGCUUAAAAUCCGAGUGUCAAAAGUCACAUCUCUGAUUCGUUAGGACGUGUUUUCAGAGUCGUGCUGCAACUGAACCCAACGGGUCCUCUGAAGGAGAGCGGACCCCCCCCCCCCCCCCCCCCCCCCCAACAUAUUGGUCUCAAACUGACCCACCUGAGGGGCAAAGGACUGAAACAAGAAGGUUGUUUUCCUCCUUCACACCAGGAUGAAGGCAUUUAUACAUGCAAACCAGUCAUUCCCACCAGCGUAGCCCCUCCAUGAGAAGGAAGAUUGGAAUGAAGGAGACGAGAUGACGGAGGAAAUUAAGAUAAUUGGAUGCUGAAUGGCCGCCUAACCUCACAGAUUCCUCCUGUAUGAUUCAUCUUAUGUUCUCUAUUAAAAGCCAGUCACAUUGGUUCUCACAUACAGUCCAUCACAAUGUUGAAAGGAUCCUGGCGUCCUCAUUUCAGUUCAUGUAGUAAAAUGCAUCAUACUUGAGUCCAUUUUAUAGUGCCUUACAGAAGUAUUCAUACCCCUUGAACAUUUUGUCAUUUUACAACCACAAGCUUUCAUGUAUUCUUUUGUAAUAAACAAACACAAAGAAUCACAUAAUAAUGAAGAUGAUGGAAAAUGAUAGUUAAGUCCACAAUUAUUCAUACCCCUGACAGAUUGAGGUUUUCAGUGUUCUUUUAAUUUUACCAACAUUUUCUUCUGACUGGAAGUCAUUUUACAGUUUGCAGCGGUCCAGCCAGAGUCCAGACUUUGGUUGAGAAUUGUGGAGGGAUCUAAAGAUUAGGAUGAUGGAAAGGAGGUCUUCUGACUUCUUAGAGGACCAAAGAUAAAUCUUUAAAAUACCACUGGAAGCAUUCGAAAGCCUGGUCAGCAAUUACAAGAAGGGUUUGGUUGCUGUAAUUCCAGUAAAACAUGACAUUUUUUAAUUAAAAUGUGAAUGAAAACAGAUGCAUUAUUUUCAUUUAAGGUUGUUUUUAGUUUUUUAUUGUUUUAUCUUUUGAGAAAAGCUGCUGUAUUUCCUCCGAAACAAAAUUUCAGUUGUAUUUAGGUUUGGACUUUGACUGGGCCAUUCUAACAUGUAUCCUAGCAACAGGUGUGUUAAGUGCUGUAAGAUGAGCCUCCAUCUCAGUCCAAAGUUUUUUGCGGCCUCUAAAAGAUGUUUUUUUGUUUUCCAAGAUUGCCCAGUAUUUAACCUUGUCCAUCACCUCCGAGCAGCUUGCUUUUCCCUGCUGAAGAAAAGCAUCCCCACAGAAUGAUACUGCCACCACUGUGUGCCAUUAUAGGGAUGGUUGGUUCAAGAGGAUGUGCAGUAUUGGUUUUCCACCACACAUAGCGUUUUGAUGGACUGUGAACAAAAUCUCCAAUCUUAGAUGCAGAGAGAGGCCCAAGGUAACUCUGCAGAGUCUCCAGAGUUACUGUGGGCCUCUUGGCUGCUUUUCUUAAUGCACUGAAUGCCCAGUCUGUCAGUUCAGGUGGGCAGCCAUGUCUUCGUAGAUUUGCAGUUGGGUCAUGCUCUUCAUUUUUCACACUGAACAGUGCUUGGUUGGAUGUUCAAAGCUUUGGAUAUUGUUUUAUAACCUAAUCCUGCUUUAAAUUUCACCUAUUUAUCUCUGACCCGUCUGCUGUGGUCCUUGGUCCUCACUGUUCUCUAAUAAAUCUUCACAGAACAGCUAGAUCUAUUGUAAGAUUAAAUGACUGCACACAAGACUUCUUGAGGCAGUUGGUUGCACUAAUUUUUAUAUUACACUGGUCUAUCAAAAAAUCCCAAUAAAAUACACUGAACUUUUUGGUUGUAAUGUGACAAAAUGUGAGAAAGGUAACAGGGCUUUUGCAAGGCACUGUAUUCAGCCAUAGUGUGACGGUGUUAUUCCUUUGAACUCUUCUGUUUUCAACAUUUUUGUGAAUAAACUCCUCAGGUGUGUUGUUUUGCAUGAAGCAUGAACCAGCUGCAUCUGUCAGCGGUGCAUUUCACAGUACAGCCCCUUAUCAAAGCAGUCCGAUGGUCGGGGUGUGCAUUUUGUCUGAAGGCUAAAAUGCUUUCAUGUUAAUUUCCAGAGAGAAACGACGGAUCAUCCCACCCACCGCAUCCGGCCGGUCUUUUGACCUUUCUCCAUGCAGUGCUCUAAAAUGGAAGUCAAAAAUUCAACAGUCUCAGUUUGAAAGGAGGCGACCAGUUGUGUUAAAGGCUGAAAGUACUGUAGCUCCGUCAUCUAAAGUCUCAUCAAGCUGUGUCUGAAGCUGACAGGUUGGCUCACAUACGUCUCUCAACUCUCUCAGAGCAUAGUUAAAGUAAUUGAAUAAUGAACUUCCCCACUCAGCAUCAGCUCAGUUAUGCUGCGGUCUGCAGCAUCUUGACUGGGAGUCAAACCCCAAGUGAGGUCCGACUGUGGAGUCUUUGUAUGAAACAUUUUAUAGCUGCGUUUUUCAAGCAUAUCUGGGAACAUUUUUUUGUAAUUUAUCUGUUUUGUAGGAGAGGGAGGAGGGAUGAGACAGUUAUCUUUAAAGUAGAUGCGUUAAAGGAUUAUGGAAACUUUUUUCGUUUGAACCUUGAAGUUUUUACAUUUUUGAAAGCAGAGUUGAGAGAUAAUGUAGCUUCUGUCUUCUUCUCUUUGUCUUUCAACCGAAUCUUUGUUACUUUGUUAUAAGAUGAUGUGCUUUAUUUUCUGUUUGUUAUCUCUAUUGUAUAUUAUUGCUGUCUAAAUAUGUAGAGAUAAAAGAUUUUUAGAGCAGUAGAACUUUUAUUUUUGACUAUUUGAACCAGCAACUAAGUACUCUUGUAAAUUUAAACAGUAUUUUUUUCUCUUUAAUUGAAGCGGACUCUGUUCUUAAUGUGAAAUUGCCCUUUAUAUAAGAAGUGCUGCACAUUGUGAGCAUAUUGGUUUUGAUCCGGGUUGACACGAUAACUUGUACAGUUUUUUUUUCUUUUGUAAAAAACAAAAACAAAAGUUCAGCAUAACUUCUAUAUUGACAUUGCGUUUCUUGUUUUAUUUAUUCAGACUGAUGAAACUUUCUCCAUUUUUUUAAAAAGUAGUAUCUUGAGGAAACGUAACUGCAGAUGAAAAGCACUCUUGUUUUUAACAGACUGUGGCCACUCUGAAGAGACUCUUUUGUACUUGAUAGGACGUUUCAUCCUGGAUAAUAAUAAAGUAAACUUUUUUGGA